UGUUCCCUUGCAUUAAUUUAAGCACACCAGAAAAAAUUUAAAUGAUUGGAUAUUGAAAAAAAUGAUAACGAACACGAACAGCACCCAAAUAUUGUCAACUACUAUAUGAGUCAUUCGUAUUUAUAACCUCAUUAACGUAGAUAUGUGAAAAAAUAUAAUCAAAGAGCAGUUUCAUGUUGUCCAGAAUGUUUAAAAAACUUACUAACCGAGGAGAUUCACCUGAUGGGACGACGGUGUUAUCGACGAUACCUCCUCUACAGGAAUGCAUCUAUACAUCUUGCUACUGUGAUUUCUGUUGAUUCAUUUAGCGAAGAGAACGUAUGGCAGCUUUGCAAACAACUUGUGAAACAGGAGAAAUCGGGGAACGAGUGUUAUUGCGUCUUCAUAUCGAAUAGUAAACGAGCAAUUCAUUUGUGGAAACAGAAGUGCGCCACUGAAAAAAACUUCGUUAUAUGGGAUUACCACGUCAUAACGGUUUAUGGAAAUCGAAAACACGGAUAUCAUGUCUUAGAUUUAGACACUCGCCUCUCGUUUCCAGUACCAUUCAAACAAUAUGCAUCAGAAGCUCUCAAGUCCGAAGAGACGAUUAUGCCUGACUAUAAGAGGUUUUUCCGAGUUAUAACUGCUCAAGAAUAUUUGAAGCAUUUCUCUUCUGACAGAAGACAUAUGAAAGUUGGAGAUAGUUGGCAAAAACCUCCUCCUAAUUAUGCUCCUAUUAUAACAGACCCGAAAAAUCCACACAAAUUGGACGAAUUCAUUGACAUGACAAAAGGGAAAGGUCUUGGAGAAGUGUUAAAUUAUGACGAAUUCCUCAAAAAAUUCGGUUAAUCACGAAUAAGUACCUCCAUCGCACAAGUAAUACGCUCUUUUGCUACUUGGAUUUUGGAAAAUCAUCGCCACUUUUCUCAUCUCUUCUCCUGUCGUGAAUUCAGAAGUCACGAGGAACUGCUCUCACAAGUCCCAACAGCAAGAUAGGCGCAGUAAAAAAUUCGUUUGAAACGAAACAUUGACACAAAAUGCUCAUUUAGUUAUAGAUAAUAACGGUAUCAGGUUGACAUUGCUCAUAAUUUUUUUCACAUUUCUUUUAUAAACAAGCUGUAAAUAAUGUAAAUACAUGUAUAUUUAAGUUUACAUUACAAAAAGCAAUAAAUAAAUCGUUUAAGAAAUGUAAA